GGCUUCAACUACCGUUCAAUCUACAACCAUCCUUCAAGGAUACCUUGCAAUACCCAUGUUUUCAAGACCUCUAACGCCGAUACCCACCCACGAUGACGGACGCACAUAUAUCAAAGCCCGUUGUCACUGUGGACUGAAUACUUUCCGAGCGGUCUUCCAAACCUCCUCCCUUCCCAUAUCCAAUGACCUCUGCCACUGCUCCACCUGUCGUCACAGCUCAGGCCAAAUGGUCGUAUACCACGUCAAAGUCGAAGCCCUCCUUUGCGCAGACACCGACGACCCAUUCCACGUCGAACCGGGACCAGAGUGUGUUGGUGAUGGCGACUUGAUUGCCUACCAAACCUCGAACGAUGCAGUGCGCUAUUUUUGUAGCGUCUGCUCCGCACACCUCGUCUUCCGUUACCUCGGAAAACCCGCAGGAGGAGGGAAUGAGGAGCGCCUAGAGGGUUACUCCACAGUCGCUGCUGGGGCGCUUGAGAAGGUCGAGGGUAUCGUCCAGCCUGGCUACCACAUCUACGUCGAGGACACCAUGGACGGGGGAUUGGCUGACCACUUGAGGAUUGUCGAUGGAGUCUCCUUGCCAAGAUACAGCCACGGAGAGGGGACAAUCGAACUGCCUCUCGGAUGGAAGCACCAAGCCCUACCAUCUGAUCGACAGCCGACGAAGAAUGACAAGCUCCGCUUCUCCUGCCACUGCAGAUCAGUCCAGUUCAGCGUUUCCCGCCCUACCCUUCUUUCAUCUUUCCCACAUGCCGCCUAUCCGGAUCUGCUCCACCCCCACGAUACAACACGAUUGGCCAAAGUACGCAACUCGGAGGACAGCAAGUGGUGGCUUCGACCUUCUGGAUCGCCGAAUCCCACAAAGUAUCUGGCAGGACACUGUGCCUGUGAGUACUGUAGGCUAGCCAGCGGGUUCGAGUUCCAGUCCUGGGCCUACAUUCCCCUCGCCAAUCUGGUCGAUACCAAAGGGCAGUCCUUCACCCUAUUCGAAGAUGAAGAUGACGACUUGGCCAAGGUCCGUGCCGCUGUGAACAAGCUAGGCCUGACGAGUGUACACAUCCCACAAGAUGAUUUAGAGAGCCACGACCGCAAGAAGCUUUCCGGAUUGAAGAAGUAUAUAUCCAGCCCUGGAAGAUACCGAGAAUUCUGCCAGAAAUGCGGAGCGACAGUGUUUGGGUGGCAAGCUGGACGACCGGAUCUGAUUUGCGUCGCUGUCGCCCUGGUCGACGAAGAACAAGACGGAGCGAGGGCAGAAGGAUGGUUCGACUGGUGCUUGGACCGUGUUGGCUUUUCGGAGCAGGCAUUGGGAACGAAGUCUGUAUCUGGGUUGUUAGCCGGACUACGCGCCGCCAAGAAGGAGAAGACUACACCUCCCUCCCCGUCGACCACAUCCAUAACAACUCCAGCUAUUCCUUCGAAACGUCGUAUCGUCUCCGACGCUAGAGAGAAGAAGGAUCCAAUCCCAACAGUGACAGUCACAGAGGACAUUCAGAUCGAGGCUUAG